CUGCCGAACCGAACUGACCUCAACCAAGACCAAGACCAACGGGUUUCUGUGGCACCCCAAACUUAUAUUUACCUGGAAUGUGUGUCACGCUGGCGUCUGCUAAUUAAGGUGUGCCAAGUUUGGACCCUCUGCCCCACGUGUCCGCCGUCUCCCCACAAUACUCUGGGAGCAAGUGUACCUGGGCCUGAAUACUAGUUAUGGCAGAAACAAAACCUAACAAGGUGCAAACCCAAAAGAAGGACAAAAAGAUGAAGGAACGUGAUUCUGGCGUGAAAGCCAUUACCACAGCCUUGAAGGCACUCCCAGCUGAAGAGCAGAUGCCAACACUACUUGCUAAGUAUGCUGAAAUGGCAGAAGAGAACAAGAAACUGCAGACGAGCAUGAAGACUGUGGAGCGCCAGGUUCAGGUCCUUCAGAGAGACAAAGACCAGAUGGAGACGGAGCACACAAAGGUCAUCCUCGCCAAAUCCAAGCUUGAGUCACUCUGUCGAGAACUCCAGAAACAGAAUAAACUCAUUAAGGAAGAAAAUCUAGCAAGACUAAGAGAGGAGGAGGAGAGAAGAAAAGAAGUGUCGACAAAAUUCAAUGUUACCCUGUCUGAAAUAUCUAAUUUGAUGAAGGAGAAUUCUGACAAGAACUCAAAGCUGAGGGAUGAAAACCAAGACAUGGCAACUCGCCUCCAGGACCUCAUCAAGCAGUAUGAAGCAAGGGAAACGCAUGUGGAGAAAAUGCUCAAGCAGAAGGAGCUGCAGUGCCAGUUAAGUGAAGCAAAAAUGGCCAAGCAGCAGAUUGAGAUGACAGAAGAUAAAGAGAAGAUGCUUUUAGAGAAAAAAACAUUGUUGGAGGAAGUGGCUUCAUAUCAGAAGAAAACACAACAGAUGUCCCUCAAUGAAAUAAGUUUGCGUACUCAGCUUAACUCCUAUAUGGAGAAGUAUGAAGACUUCCAGAACACCCUAGAAAAAUCUAAUCAGAUAUUCCACACCUUUAAAAAGGAAAUGGAGGAAAUGGCAAAGAAAAUAAAGAAGACAGAGAAAGAUACUAAGAGUUGGAAGGAGCGGUGGGAGGGGGCCAACAAGGCACUCCUGGAGAUGGUCACAGAACGAUCACUGCUGGAAAAGCAACUGGAUCUUCAGGUCAAGCAAAACAAGCAGCUGCAGAACCUCUGCAGAGCACUCCAGCAGCAGCUGACUGAAAUUAGGAACAAAGAUAAAAACAAACCUGAAUCUGAGUCCAAGGAUCCCCAAAUAUCAGAGCAGCAGGAAUGUGCAUUGGUAGAAGAGAAUACGCCCAGCAAAGAGAACGGUUCUGUGCUGAGUGAAAACGGUGUAGAGGACGAUGCAAGUUUGCCUGAUCUGGAAGAGGUCAUGCCUGUGUCUGAAGAAAGCAGUAUCAAGGAAAUUAAUAAUGAAUCACAGCCAGAGAAUGAAAGUUCUGCUGCUGUGGGGGAGAAUCAUGUUAAGGAAGAAAGCAGUGUCAAGGAAAUUAAUACUGAAUCACAGCCAGAGAAUGAAAGUUCUGCUGCUGUGGGGGAGAAUCAUGUUAAGGAAGAAAGCAGUGUCAAGGAAAUUAAUAGUGAAUCACAGCCUGAUAAUUCAAGUUCUGUUGCUGUAGCAGAAAAUCAUGUUGAGGCAUCAGAGGAAACUGCUAAGGAGAAGGUACAUGAGGAAGAGAGUGAGAGUAGAAAAGUUGAAAGUAGUGUCUGUAACAUGGAAGAUGUAGAUUAAAGGUGUUUUGUGAAUUGUUUUGUAAGUAGAAUAGCACAUCAAGUAUGUUUGUGUUGGUGUCUGACAUAACAGUAUUUGAAUAUUGUGUGAUUGUGAUGAAUAUAUAGUGACCAAUUCCA